UGACCAUAUUCAACGUGCGGUGGACGGCGUGAAGCCCUGCCCCUCGCACUACCUUAUUCGUACAUAUAGCUACUAGCAUCAUGAUAUAUAUGAUGCUGGACAAAUAGCUCUCCCCUCCCGGGUUUGUCCCGCCGUCUCGCCGUCUCGCCAAUAAAACUAACGAUUACGGCACCUUUUCCCACUUGCUUCUGUCCCUAUUCAUCUAUACUUCGUAGGGCCCUUCCGACUCGCCCAGUUCUUCGUCUCUCUCCACCCUAUAUUUCAACUUCCCAUAUCCCUCCAGCCGCUACUACGGUAUCAUCCCACACGAAAGCCCAAGCAUAGGAGCUAUUGAAGAAACCAGCAUAUCUAUUAGCACUGGGAGAACCAACACGAACUGUGCGUCAUGUUCGAGUCACGGUCCUUCGUCUUCCUGGCGGGGCUGGUCCUCCUGCUCUGCCUAGCCCGGCCGGCCGCUGCUUUUGGUGCCGGUAACAUCUCCAGUCUGUCCAAGAUUGAGGGUGUUAACUGGCGCCACGGAGACAUCGAAGAUGUGCUCCUUACCAUUGCCAUGGCCCGUACCCUCAAGGGGAAGAAAUUUUCCAAACUCAUGCUUUCGCGCGUCUACUUUGGCAACUGGCUCAGAGACUACUCGCAAUCCAUCGACGUUGCAACGGCCAAACACGUGUCGGCAGAGGCUGUCCGCCUCCUCGUUAGCGUGUUGGGCUUCCUCAGCUUCGGCUAUGGCUCCAAGGAGUUUGAAGUAACUGCGGAGAGACUUGGCACCUACCGCCCCGAGGAACACAUCGACAACCCCAAGAACUAUGCAGACAACGAAGAUGCCAGGCGAUACGACCGCCGCCUCCGAGGUCCUGUCGAUGAGCGUCGGGAGCUAGCAAUCGACCCCAGGACUGGGAUGAAGAACUACAUCGCCAACGAGCAGGCUGGCAUCACCACCUCAGCAGGACUAAUGCGGGAUCUCUUUAGCCGCUGCAUUCAGAAAGGCCGGGAAUUCGGUCGAAGCAAGAGAGAUGAAGACCUCUGCGAAUCGCUGUACCUUUUGGGGACUGCUCUACAUUGUUUGGAAGGCAAGCCAGUCAUUCAUUUCUUUGCCCAUAGCAACUACACCGAGCUUGCCCUCAUCGAGAUGGGCGAACGUGACAUCUUCCCUGUUGUCGGCCGCGACGCCCUCAUUAGACUAGAGGGCGCCCGUGGAAAUGUCUACCCGCUCGUAACGGGCACUUUCGGUGGCGUGGACUUUCUGCACUCCGUCACUGGUGAAGUCACGGACAAGCUCAAGCAGAACGAGCUUCAGGAACUGGAGAGCACCCUCCAGAACGGCAAGAAGAAUGAUACGAGCGCUCUGAGAUCAUUGCUGGACAAGAUCCCCGAUGAGUUCUUCGGCGGGAAGCACCAAAGUGAUCGCAUCGAUGGGAUCCAGCAACAGGCGGCCUCUUCCCAGAUGCAGAACAUGAGCGUCUCGCCGAGGGAACCAGAAGAAUUCACUCGCUACAUUCAGGGUGUCUUCAAGCAGAUCAUGCCCAUUAUUGAGUGGCACGACGAUGUCAUGCAGUCCAUCUCGGGCGCGUUCGACAAGUUGCCCGUGCUACCCAAGCUGCUCGAGCAGCUAGAGGAGCAGCUCACUAUGUUCGUCUACUCUAAUAUCGCGCCUUUUAUUCUCCCCGUCAUCCACCAAAUUCAAAACGAAAUGAAAACCGGGUCUGAGCACCUGGUCGAGUCCAGCCAACGAGAACAGCACAAUGUCUUCCACGACGACAGGGAAACCGACCCUACGCAUUCCCUGCUGUCCAAGGAUCACUUUACCAAUCUUCUUAACGAGCCCGCUGGUCGUGCUGCGUUUGAGACGGUCAGAUGGGUAGUCCCCCAGGUCAUGGAGGCCAUGGACGAUGAGCGUGCCGACAUUGACCGCACCAUAACGCGCAUCAUCUACGGUGUCUUGCAUCACCCGGCUCAGCGAGGGCAGGGCAAUGACGGCAUCCGGGAAGGCCGGGAGAUAAUAUUCCGCACCAUCGAGGAGUGGUGGUCCGGCUUGGGCCGCCAGCGACAGGAGGAGUACCGCCGAAAACUGAGUCGCGACGGCGUCCGCAAUCAUCACAACCAUAAGGAAGGGGAGCAUGAUACGGGACAUGGCCACGGUUGCCUCGGCUCUCUCCAGAUGCACAAGCAAUUUGGCAAGACCGCUGAGACCUGGGAGGAUAAGAUCGCGAACAAGGCCGCCGGCGCCAUCUUCGCCGGCGCCGCUGGUGCCAUCUCCAGCGCCUUCGAGGGCACGACCGGCAUGAAGCUUCCUACGUCUGGGAGGGAUGACAAGAAGGAGAGCAGCUCGGGUGGAGGCGGCCUCAUCGGGUCUCUGCUCGGCGGCAUCCUCAACCGGGGCGAUAAGGACCGCGAGGAGGAACCGCAGAAGCAGUCAUCCAGCAGCUAUGGGAGGACGGAUGAAAGCACAUACAGCUAUGGAGGAGGCCGCCGCGAUGACAGCAGCAGCUACGGCAGAACCAGCGGUCGUCGCGAGGAUGAGAGCCAAGGCAGCAGUGGAUACGGCGGGCGUCAGGAUACGUCCAGCAGCGGCUACGGCGGACGACAAAAUACUUCGAGCGGCGGUUACGGUGGCCGUCGCGAAGAAUCCAGCUUUGGGGGCAGCAGUGGAUACAGCGGUGGCAGUGGAUAUGGUGGGCGGCGGGAAGAGUCCAGCUACGGUGGUGGUGGUGGUGGUGGCAGUGGUGGUGGUUACGGUGGCCGUCGCGAAGAGUCUGGCCGUGGCAGCGGCGGCUAUGGUGGCGGUCGUCGUGAUGAUCAAAGCUCUAGCAGAUACGGGAGCCGUCGGGAUAACCAGAGCCCUAGCGGAUAUGGAGGGCGACGUGACGAUGGCCGAGGCCGGUAUGGAGGAGGCCAAGGUGGCUCGGGGCGUUACUAGGAAGGCAUCGAGGGCCUUUUCUUCCCAAAGGUUUAAGAACAGGAAUCGAAGGAUGCUGUUGAAUUUGGAGGAUCUAUGAAGUCUAUGAAGAAUUGACGAGAUAAUAAGAGACGCAGAAUUACGAAAUAGUGGCAGGGGACAAUCUACUCUAAGAUAUCGAGGACAAAGAUCCGAGGAGAAUACCGAUUUCUGGUCGAGUUAGAAAGACAAUGUGCGUAGUCGUCCAUGAGACGAUGAGAUGACACCGUCCGACUCACUCAUCCUGUCCUCGGCGAACUUGGCCCGCUGGGAAAAAGGGCCCAUUCCGCACUCUGCAUAAAGAGCAUACGGCCGAGAUUCAUACGACAAGCCUCACCUAGUACUAGUACACUUCAUAGUUAUUAGUAUCCGAGUUAAAAGUCUAUGAAACGGG